AUGUUAGCAGUGCUCAUAUUGCUUCAUUUACAAAAAGCAUUGACAGCAGCUUUGGACAAUUACCCUCUGCAAGGAGAGAUUCUACGCUCCUUGGAUGAUUGGGAGCGAGCGUCCCUACGCGAUUUUGUGAGAGGCAAAGGUCGCGGCAGCGUUUCGAGAAUUCCCGUUGAACUCUUGAAUGAACCACCCCCUGCAUUGGAUGCAAUGCAUGAAGAUAAUAUUGUUUCUCUGAUGACACCUCCAGAAUCUGCCAUACGCGCUGGUCCCAUGAUGACAGUCCCAAGAGAUGCGCUAAAAUCCCUGUCAAUAGCAAAGAAGGUUGAUAAUUUCCGGCUGGACGACCGUUCCGUGGCUUCAGUGAUCUCACCCGCUUCGAAGGUAAAGCGAAAACCGGUCACCUCGACUAGUGCUAAAGCUACACGGGUAACAUGGCCAUAUGAAGCGAAAGCUUCUAAACAAUUCGUACUGCAGGCUCAAAAAGGAAUCAAGACAUCCCUAGACGAACCUUCACAAGAGACCUUCAAGGAGUUGUCCGGACUACUUCAAACGUUCAUUGAUCGCCGUAAACCCCUGGUCCAACGAGUUACUAUGGCACCUUCAACCACAACCACAUUUCGCACAUGGACACAAGUAGAUAAAGCCGAGGACACGACAGCAGUCACAUCGUCACUAGGACAGUGGGAAGCAAUGGGUCCUGAGGAAACUAGCAUGGAAGAGUUUGGCCCGUCUGAAACAGAAGGUAAGUGUCUGUUAUUGUUGAAGCAUUCAUGAUU